AUGGCGUUUCCCAUAAAUCUAAUCAUCACUCUUCUCUUCUCCUCCCUUUUCCAAAUCUCAUUCGCUGCUUUCACUCCAACUGACAACUACCUCCUUAAUUGCGGCGCAAACACCAACGCCUCCUUCUUCUCCACCCGCUCCUUCCUCGGCGACUCCUCACGGCAAGGCUCCGCUUUUCUCUCCACCGAUCGAUCCAUCUCUCUCUCCGACCCAAACCCACCUCCGGACUCGCCGGCUCUAUACCACACCGCCCGUAUCUUCCCCGGCGGAUCAUCUCCACCUCCCGCUUACAAAUUCACCGUCACCAGCAACGGCACACACUUCAUCCGUCUCCAUUUCGCGCCAUUCAAAGCUCCGGGAUUCGACUUAACCUCUGCGAAAUUCCGCGUCUUGCUCAAUGGGUUCUCCGUGAUGAACUGUCUCGCCACUAUAAACUCCGUCGUCGUCAAAGAAUUCUUACUCAAAAUCGACGUCCCUCUUCUAGAGAUUUCGAUUUCUCCCUCCAAACCCUCUGGAUUCGCGUUCGUCAGCGCGAUAGAAGUCUUCUCAGCACCAAACGAUUACAUAAUCGACAAAGGCACUAAGCUCGUAACCCCUAACUCCGCCCAAAUCUUCAGCAACCUAUCAUCUCAAAUCCUCGAGACGGUACACAGAAUCAACGUCGGCGGAUUGAAAUUGACCCCCUUUAACGACACAUUGUGGAGGACUUGGCUCGUCGACGACAACUAUCUCCUCCUAAAAGCAGCUGCGAAACGCGCCUGGACGACCAAUCCUCCGAAUUACCAAACCGGCGGCGCGACGAGAGAGAUCGCUCCGGAUAACGUCUACAUGACUGCGCAGGAGAUGGAUCGAGAUGAUCAGGAGCUGCAGGCGAGGUUCAACAUCAGCUGGGGAUUUCCGGUUGGAUCGAGACGUGUUCUUCACCUGGUUCGUUUGCAUUUCUGCGAUAUCGUUAGCUCGUCGCUUAACCAGCUCUAUUUCAAUGUCUUUAUCAACGAUUAUCUCGCGGCUAGAGAUGUUGAUCUCUCCACGCUUAACUUCCAUGUCCUUGCGUCUCCGUUGUACAUUGACUUCGUCGCUGAGUCUGAUCACGAUGGGAUGUUGAGAGUGAGUGUUGGACCGUCUGAUCUCAGCAAUCCGGCGAGAGCUAAUGCUUUGUUGAAUGGAGUUGAGAUCAUGAGGGUUCUGAAUCCUGUGAGGUCCAAAGUCGGAUCUGGAAAGAAGAGCUUCCUCUGGAUCAUUCUUGGUUCGGUUUUGGGGAGUUUGGCUCUGCUAGUCUUGUGUGGUUUAUGCUUUUGCAGGCGUAAGAGCAAGAAAACGAAGAGGUCAGAGAGCAUUGGAUGGACACCGUUGAGGAGGUUUAGAGGAAGUUCCAAUAGUAGAACAACUGAAGGAACUGUUAGCUCUAGUGGCUAUCAAACUUUAAGAAUCUCUUUCGCUGAGAUACAAUCAGGAACCAAUAACUUCGACAGGAGUUUGGUAAUCGGAGUUGGUGGAUUUGGGAUGGUGUUUAAAGGCUCUCUCAAGGACAAUACUAAAGUAGCGGUGAAGAGAGGCAUGCCUGGUUCAAGGCAAGGCUUACCGGAGUUUCUCUCUGAGAUAACCAUUCUCUCCAAGAUCCGUCAUCGGCAUCUCGUCUCGCUUGUUGGAUACUGCGAAGAACAGUCUGAGAUGAUUCUUGUUUAUGAGUACAUGGACAAAGGACCGCUCAAGAGUCACUUAUACGGAUCAACAACCAACGCGCCUCUGUCUUGGAAGCAACGGCUUGAGGUCUGCAUUGGUGCUGCGAGAGGUCUUCACUACCUUCACACCGGCUCUUCGCAAGGGAUCAUCCACAGAGAUAUCAAAUCCACUAAUAUCUUGCUGGAUGACAACUACGUGGCCAAAGUUGCAGACUUUGGACUCUCGAGAUCGGGUCCUUGUCUUGAUGAGACUCAUGUGAGCACAGGCGUUAAAGGAAGCUUUGGUUAUCUUGAUCCUGAGUACUUUAGGAGACAGCAGCUCACGGAUAAGUCCGAUGUUUACUCGUUUGGAGUUGUUCUGUUUGAAGUUCUUUGCGCUAGACCAGCUGUUGAUCCGUUGCUUGUUAGGGAGCAAGUGAAUCUUGCGGAAUGGGCGAUUGAGUGGCAGAGGAAAGGCAUGCUUGAUCAGAUCGUUGAUCCGAAUAUCGCUGAUCAGAUCAAACCUUGCUCGUUGAAGAAGUUCGCGGAGACCGCAGAGAAAUGCUGUGCGGAUUAUGGCGUGGAUAGGCCAACGAUUGGUGAUGUUCUGUGGAAUUUGGAACAUGUGCUUCAGCUUCAAGUAUCAGGACCUUUAGACAAGCCUGAGGAAGUUUCUGGUGACCUUACCGGCUCGGGAACGGCUCGGAGUGGCUCGAACACAGUGAGGGACAACGGAGAUGGAACUUCAGGGAUAAUCAGUAGUACACAAGUGUUCUCUCAGCUAAUGACGAAUAAUGGGAGAUAG